GGCUGCCGCCUCCGGAGGAGAGACUCACGAGCCUCCGCCGAAGCCGGUCGCCUGGGCGUCGACGGAGAGCGCGAUCGCGGGUGCGUGCAGCCGCCGCCGCUGUUGGGACGACGAUGUGCGCGCGGACUCGGACGACACGCGGGGGGGUCUCCUCGCACUAGGGCGAGGCAUGGCGCACGCUGGCCACGGCCGCGACAGCCGCUCGAGUAGACGACAGCAAAGAGGGACUCCGCGCCGCUAGAGUUAGGCAAAUGCAGGGUCCCGUCGGUCACAGGAGCCCGCGGUGCGGCCCGUCAGCGGAGAGGACGCGGCAGGCCUCCUUCCAGCUGCUGCUGCUGCUGAUGUUGAUGACCGUGGCGGCAACGUCCGAGGCGCGACCGGCAACGGAAUCAUCGGUCUCGGAUGCGGAUGCUCUGGGCUUCCUGGAGCGCUUCGGCUACAUGGGCGACACGAGCCGCAACGCGGUGCUUCCCUCGGACAACCUGCGCACCGAGCAGGGCUUCCGGGCGGCGCUGCGGCGCAUGCAGCGCUUCGCCGGACUCCGCCCCACCGGACAGCUGGACGCCGAGACCAUGGCGAUGAUGAAGAGGCCACGCUGCGGCGUGCCCGACGUCAUCGGGCACGCCGAGCGCGUCAGGCGGUACGCGCUGCAGGGCGCCAAGUGGGACAAGACAGAACUCACGUGGAGCGUGGAGGAGUUUCCGCGCCGCGCCGACCGCGGCAUGAUCCGCUCGGCGAUCGGCAGGGCGCUGAAGGUGUGGAGCGACGCCUCUAAGCUGCGCUUCACCGAGAUGGCCGCCGUGUCGAGCCGCCGCCGCAGGCCCGGCGACGAGGGCGGCGCCGACAUCGCGGUGUCGUUCGCGAGGCUCGACCACGGCGACGGCUACUCGUUCGACGGGCCGGGCACCGUGCUGGCGCACGCCUUCUUCCCCGGCGAAGGCAUGGGCGGCGACGCGCACUUCGACGCCGACGAGAACUGGAUCACCGGCACGCCCUCCAGGGACUCCAACGAGGUGAGCCUGUUCGCUGUGGCGGCGCACGAAUUCGGCCACUCGCUGGGCCUGUCCCACUCGUCGGUUCCCGGGUCGCUCAUGUACCCCUACUACCAGGGAGUCAAGGACGACUUCCAGCUGCCCUACGACGACAAAGUGGGCAUCCAGAGGCUCUACGGCGCCAAGUACCCGACCAAGUGGGCGUCCAUGCAACCCAUCAUCCCGCGGACGACGACGCCGUCUCCAGCGGGACGGGGGCCGCAUGGACGACAGCCGGUCGCGGGCGGAGGGCCCCGGGAAAGGCAGCCCACCCGGCAGCCAGAGCCCAGGCCACCCCAGUCUCCGCCGCAGAGGCCCGUGGAUGACGGGAAACCCGAUGGGUGCAGCACUUCCAUCGACGCCAUCGCCGUCAUCCGACGCGAGCUGUUCAUCUUCAAGGGAAAGUACUUCUGGCGUAUCAACGACCAGGGCCUCAAACCUGGCUAUCCCGUGGAGAUCAGCCUGUUUUGGUACGACUUACCCGCCAGCCUCGAGAAGAUCGAUGCCGUCUACGAGAGGCCCGACCAAAAGAUCGCCUUCUUCAUAGGUCGCCAGUACUGGCUGUUCAGCAGUAACCGUCCCUUGCCGGGCUACCCGCGGCCAUUGACCAACCUAGGCUUGCCGGCAAGCCUGACGCACGUGGACGCCGCCAUGGUGUGGGGCCACAACGGGAAGACAUACUUCUUCAGUGGCGACCAGUACUGGCGCUACGACGAGUUUGACCGCAGUGUCGAGUUCGACUAUCCACGGCACGUGCGGAUGUGGCGAGGCGUGCCGUACAAUGUCGAUGCCGCAUUCCAGCACACCGACGGCCAGACGUACUUCUUCAAGGGACAGAAGUUCUGGCGGUUCAACGACCGGCGCAUGCAUGUUUACAACAGGACGAAACACGUUGGCGAGUGGUUUGGCUGCCCUGUGGCCAAGGCCUCCUAUGCAGACGAGCACAGUGCCCUAAGCAGCAAUGCGCUGGUUGCACUGGCCUCAACCCCUCUUCUUAUACUCAUCACUGCCCUCACACUGGCCUUUGGGCAAAGAUCUUGAUCAUGGCCACUAGUUAUAAGGGUCCAGAUAUAAGUACUGACGCCCUGCUGAUAUGGUGCACGAUGAGGGUAGUGUGCCGGUAUUGUUCCGGUGAAGGUGCUGGCUGCAGCCGUGGUGAGAAGCAACCAUGCACAGGAAUAGCCACCAGUUCUAGUGAGCUCCUUGAUGCAAACGGGCUGCAGUGGGUGAAGGAAACUAAUCUUUUGUACUUUCUGUUGAUUACCCAUGUUCAGUUGUCAUGCAGUGCUCAAAAUCAAUUUAAUUGGUACUACUGCACCAGCUAAGAAAUAAAAUCCAGCUACAGCCGACUCUUGUUAAUUUGACACCUGUGGAACUGCAAAAUUUGGUCGAAUCAUCUGAAAAGCCGAAUUAAAGAACUGUGGCAAAAUGAAUGAAUUCAAUUAUUUAUUAUUGCUCAAAGUAGUCUGUAAUGUCUUUCUGCUUGUUGCUCUUGAAGCCAGAGUUAAUCGGCAUGCAGCGAUGAGCACCGACAUAAUGCUGCCUCAGUGUUUACCUGAACUUCCGGAAAAGUAAACUAAUACAGCUUCACGCCUAGGGAAGCAGUAGUGUUGCAUGCUGAAUUUCUUGUGUUUUUAAGUCUUAGUAACCACUGCAGCGCAUGAAGGGAUGCCAGCAAUGGUCAAGUUAACUGAAGCAGCAUGCUUUGCUUUCGAACUGAACAAGUUUUUCUUCCAUAGAAAUUUAUGGUUUCUCGCUGGGAGUUUCCACUUGCAUUCGAAUUAAAUGAAAAGUCAAAUUAACCGAGGUUGGAUUAACGAGAGUCAACUGUAUUAGGGUUUGUGUGUGCUGAUACUUAAAUGUCUGCAAAUGCCAGUAAAAGGCACUACGGUGUCAAUUGCAAUUGAUGAUACGAGCUGUACACAGCCAGCACCUUACAAUAGUGGUUUUAUACACUCAAUGCAUUUUUGCAUGCUAGUUACUUGUGAUCAGCCUACGUUUGCCCACUCUGUUCUUGAAGCAAAAGCACUUGAACAAAUUUUAAGCAAUGCACGCCAGUUUCUUAAAAUGGUUACCUCAACUGAAGACUGCCACUAAGCAAUGCACACAUUGAAAAUAUGCCUGCCCUCUACACAGGAGAGUGAAAAUUUCAGUCUUUAUCUCCACUAAUAUAAUUGGCAGAUUAUCUUCACUGUGUGUCCACAAAUACUCAUUAGCCAUUGCAUCACAUGUGCCAUUUUAGCCGAAAGUCUGGGAAAUAAGAAUUGUAACUUGUGCCAGUAUGGCAUAGACAUAUGGCUUCACAAACGCCCCUGUAAGUUCAGAAUAAAUAAUUUAGAAUGAAUCUUUGCCUUUUAUUUAUCUAUUUCAGCUAAAUGUCCAUGCAUAAUUUUGAAUGAAGUAGUUUAAAUAAAUGAACCACUUCUGAUAAUUCAUAUCCUUUGUCUCAGAGUGCCUUUGCUUCCAGAUAGCAUCAUCAGGAGCUGUGGCUGAAAAUGCCUGUUGCAAUGCACUUUUGUGCUACAAGACGUUCCAGGUGCGUUGUUUCCAGUGUGAUAUAAGGACUGUGUGCCAUUUGCAUUAUUUAUUUCAUUCAGCCAUUCUUUUUAUCAGUUUAUGUCUACAUAUUGAUGUGAUGUCUUUCCAUGUAUUUUGGUAAUCAAUACCGCCUUUUUUUAAGUAUGUGACACUAUUGUUCUGUGCAAGAAAUUGCAAAAAGUGCUAUAUUGAGUGCACACAGCCAUUUAUAGCAAGAAGCAAUGGAGGUGAAUGACUUUGCAUAAUUUCAAGCCAAAUACUACUGCUGGUUCAGAUGUAACCUGGCAAUGAUACUUUUUGAAGAUUAGUGCAAGGGAGUGACAGUGGACCUUCGUGGCACUUUGCAGAGGCCAAGUUAUUGUUUAAGAUGCAAAGUACCUUUCAGCUUAAAACAGUGAAACUAGAUGAAAUUAAAAUAUCUACGUUAAGCUCAAUUAUACUAGAGUAACAGAGAUUGGCUGUUUGAACACAGCCUCUAAAAAGAAAUUACUUAUUUUUACAUAUUCAAUAUUAAACAUGGACUACUCAACAUGCAGUUAUGGAAAGCACCUAUGUGCCACUUCAGAAAGAGAAAGACAAAUUAAUGUUUGAAAUUCACCUUAACGCACCCAUGUGAGCAUAAACAUUAAUGUAAAAUCUCACAGUGAACAAGACGUUCCAUACAGUGUCUCUGUGAUUAUAUAGUGCUGUUUUCGGUAUGACUAGAACUAACAGGCUUGCCCCAAACCAUGAAUGUCCUUGGAAAGAUUUUGCCAAUGAUGCAUGCUAGAGUGGCAGUGCUGCCGUACCAUGCACCAUCAGCAAUAAUGUGGCUAGGUGAGCUAGCCCAUACAUGUUUUGGAAGCAAACAGCGCUAAAAAGAAGCGCACUGUCUUGCGUCAUCUUGUUCCUUGUUAGCGCUGUUUGCUUCUAAAAUAUGCACUAUUACAGAGGGUUUAUCUACUCACUUGCACUCAGAGACUUUGCAAUGGCGCUUGCAAUGAUGCACCUGACAUUGUCUGCAGGGCUUCUCAAUUGUCUAGAUUUCACAAUGCAUGCUGCUGCUCACAUAUUCUGGCAGAAGCUUGCUCUUCAGAACCACACACGAGCAUUCUAGCCCAGUUUGUGAGAACACAAGUACCACUUCAAAGAUACUAAAAAUCAAUCCUGCAAUUAGGUAUUCUGAAGGUAAUCUAUACAUUAGAUAAACUAUCUCAGAAUGCAUAUGUGAACUGCCUUAGGUUGGCCUACUAUGCUUCGUUUAUGCAAAAUUUGUGGGGCUAUGUUUAUGAGAAGCAAAUACCAACAUAUGUCUGGUAAGAAAAUUUCUACCGCCUAAUAUGUAGCCUUUUUCUUCUAAAUUUGUUCUUAGCAUAUUUGUGAAGGCAUACAAUGCACGUGCAAGUAUGUUCAUGUUAGAAAAAGAUUUACGGUGUUUGCAUUCCACUGUGGUGCUUGUAAAAGUAGAAUAGAUGCAUCUCUUGUAUGAUGCCAUUUCACUAAUGCUGCUGUGCCUCUUUGUGCUUAUGCCUUGCAAAUACCCGUCCCGAGCCUCUUCGCCGCCUGCGAAACUCGCAAAACAAAGGUCACUAUGCUCAGUGCAGCGUAGCUUAUCUGCUUGGCUGCCACACGACCUGAUAAAUUUUCUAGAUAAAGUGCUGUCAACAGUGUAUUUCAUGUUGUAACAUUUCAGAUUGUUGGCAUGGGCACUAUGCCUGUGAAGCUUUCAAUGUCUAUAACGGAUGUUUCAGCAAACUUCCAAGAAAGUAAUGCAUGAACUACUGCUGCUUUAAAAUAAGGAUAUAUCAUUCACGAUGUUACCAGACUGCUUGGCCUUUUUGCUACAUGCUUUUAGGAUAUCUUGUUUAUUCUGCAUCGUCAGAUAUGUUAUGCACAUCCAAAAAUGUGUGUUGUUUUAAGGCACUUUUUAUACAUGUGUAUACAUCUAGUUUCGUUUAUUACAAUAUGUACGACUUUUUGUAUAUAGGCAGUGUAAAUACAUUUUAUUUUGAUGAUUUCAAGUGUAUGAAUGGAUCUUCCAAAAAUCUAAAGGAGCCACGGUAAAUGCAUGAGAGACUAUAAAAUGACAGCAUGAAUCCAAGACAAAGUGUGAGCGAUGCUACCUUUUCUAGUCAGCCAAUUUUACAGGCAGUCAGUGAAAUGACCAUGAAACAAGAGGAGCUGAAGUAACUAUUUGAACCCAGGGAAGGGUGGUCAAUUGCUCAUAUGAAGCUAUAAAUGCAUGACCGUAUACUGUAUUUGCUGAUUAACCAGAAACACUUUGCAGAACAGGCUACGCAGUUGAAGAUGUGUCCUCAUGAUGCUUUAAAUUAAAACAAUCUCUGGAAUGUUCUUUUAGGGACCAAAGUAGCCUCCCUUAUGCUACAUCUGUAGAUAAGCCAGUACGCUUAUACAGAGCUUGAGAUAAAGUGUAUCAUGAUCUGCAACUUUGAGCACUAAGGAAAGAACAUAGGUGAAUGAACAUAGCAAGGAGUUUCACUUAGUUUUUGAGAGUGGGUGUUCGUUAUUUCAUAGCUGAAAACAAGAAAUAGAAAUAAAGAAUACUUUUCUUGUCAACACUGUACCACCUCUAUCACUUACAUGUGGUGUUCAGGCAAUUUUAAGGGCAUUGUUUGUUUUCUUAUAGCAGAUACAGAUAAAGAUUAUGACAAUAACAGCAGCUCAUGCAACGAGCAAAGUGCACUGCUUACAUCUGAACAUUUGCCUAUGUGCCAAAAGAGCCUAGAUUUUGGUUCACAAGGCACAAAGACAACUCUGCUUUUCAAUACGCUUGACAUUGAAGAUGCUGAUGUUGCAAGACAGUGGCAAAUUUUAUACAACGAGCUAAUGACCCAAGACAAACAAAAAAUUAAGGGCUUUCAAUUUUGGCUUUUGUACAAUUCAAACAAGGGGGGCAGCUCAGUACUCAACUUUGGAAACUAACAUUUAUUGCUUUGAAUACCAAAAGCUUUUUGACUUUGAUAAUGCUUUGUCCUGAGAAACAUGUCAAACCCAAUCUACACAAAGCUUGCAUGAGAUGUGACUGCUGGAAAAAUCAGCUCGUACCAGUAAAUGAAGGACCAAAAUAAAAGAACAGCCCAUCAAGCUGUCAGCUGCCUAAACAAAUCCUCACAGAAUUUCUAAAAACGUUUUAUUUGCUGUACCUCCUAUCACAAUACAUUCUACUCUUUCAAACAAAAAUGCAACCAACAAUAUGAAGUGUUUCUGCCUGCAUACCAGCAUUUUACUCAAGGUCAUAUACAUAAAUUGAGCAGAGACUGUAUAUGGCUUCCUGUUAUGAGUCAGUAGCCAGGAUUAAGCAACACAGCUGGCAGAAUGCAAGGCAUUUUUUCUGCACAAGAUACAAGGUCCAAGGCCAAUCGACAGUACACUCGAAACACGUGCUGCCAAGAUUGUUAUGACAACAACAACAACAAAAAUUAUUCAGGAGCCCACUUAGCUCGACUACUGUGUACCACUGCAGAGAAACAAAUGGUUGUGGAAAUUUUUUUCAAUGAUAUGUGCUUCGCAUAUACUACGAACAAACAGACAUGGUGUGCCUUUUAUAUGUUAAGCAAGCAAUUUAUGAAUGUGUCUUUAUACUGUGAAACAGGUUGCACUCUGCUGAUUUGUAUUUGAAAUUUGUGCAUUGUGAGAAAUAAAAAAAAAAAAAAACUUUCAUCACCAAGC